AGAUCUACUGAUAGCUGCAUCCCAGUCGCCAGCAUGUCUGGCACUGCCACAGUUCUGCAGCAGUUUGUGAGUGGUCUUAAGAGUCGCAAUGAAGACACGCGUGCCAAAUCUGCCAAAGACCUCCAACACUAUGUCACUACAGAACUAAGAGAGCUGAGCCAAGACGAAGCCACUACUUUCUAUGAUGAGCUGAACCACCACAUAUUCGAGUUGGUUUCCAGCUCAGAUGUGAAUGAGAAAAAAGGCGGUAUCCUUGCCAUAGUGAGUUUGAUUGGUGUGGAGGGGGGAAAUGCAACCCGUAUCAGCCGAUUUGCGAACUACCUACGGAAUCUGCUUCCCUCCAGUGACUCAGUGGUCAUGGAGAUGGCCUCUAAGGCCAUGGGUCACCUGUCCAUGGCAGGAGACACCUUCACUGCAGAGUAUGUGGAGUUUGAGGUGAAGAGAGCUCUCGAAUGGUUGGGAGCAGACAGGAAUGAAGGAAGACGUCAUGCAGCGGUGCUGGUUUUGCGAGAGCUCGCUGUUAGCGCACCUACAUUCUUCUUCCAGCAGGUGCAACCAUUCUUUGAUAACAUUUUCUAUGCUGUGUGGGACUCCAAACAGGCCAUUCGUGAGGGAGCAGUAUCUGCACUCAGAGCCUGUCUGAUCCUCACCACACAGAGAGAGACCAAAGAGAUGCAGAAACCACAGUGGUACAAGCAAACAUUUGAGGAAGCUGAGAAGGGUUUUGAUGAAACUCUGGCUAAAGAGAAAGGCAUGAAUAAGGAUGACCGUGUGCAUGGAGCUCUACUCAUUCUCAAUGAACUAGUGCGAAUAAGUAGUAUGGAGGGAGAGCGUAUGAGAGAAGAGAUGGAAGAGAUCACGCAGCAGCAGAUGGUUCAUGAUAAGUACUGUAAGGAGUUGAUGGGUUUCAGCACUAAGCCUCGGCACAUCACACCCUUCACCAGCUUUCAGUCAGUGCAGCCACAGCAGUCCAAUGCUCUGCUGGGGCUGCUGGGAUAUAGCACACCACAGGGCUUUCUAAGUUUUGGAGCUGCACCUGUUCCCUCUAAAAGCACGCUGGUGGAGAGCCGGUACUGCAGAGAACUGAUGGAGGAGCGUUUUGACCAGGUGUGCCGUUGGGUGCUGAAAUACAGGACCAGUAAGAAUCCACUAAUCCAGAUGACUAUCCUAAACCUUCUGCCUCGACUCGCUGCCUUCCAGCCUCACAUUUUUACUGAUCAGUAUUUGCAGGACACUAUGGGACACCUGCUGGGCUGCCUGAAAAAAGAAAAGGAACGGACGGCAGCAUUUCAAGCAUUGGGUCUGCUGGUGGUGGCUGUGAGGGCCGAAAUUCAGCCCUUCCUCACCAAGAUCCUGGAGAUUAUUAAAGCUGCACUGCCACCUAAAGACUUUGCACACAAGAGACAGAAGACUAUGCAGGUGGAUGCUACUGUGUUUACUUGUAUAAGUAUGCUGUCCAGAGCUAUGGGGCCUAGCAUCCAACAGGAUGUCAAAGAACUUCUGGAGCCAAUGUUAGCAGUUGGUCUCAGUCCUGCUCUCACCGCAGUACUUUACGACCUGAGCAGGCAGAUCCCACAGCUGAAGAAGGACAUUCAGGACGGUCUGCUAAAGAUGCUUUCACUUGUGCUCAUGCAUAAGCCUCUGCGUCACCCAGGUAUGCCCAAGGGCCUGGCAUACCAGUUAGCAUCACCCAGCCUGACCAACAUCCCUGAAGCUAGUGAUGUGGGCAGCAUCACCCUGGCACUGCGUACUCUUGGCAGCUUUGAAUUUGAAGGUCACUCCUUGACCCAGUUUGUGCGCCACUGUGCUGACCACUUUCUGAACAGCGAGCACAAGGAGAUCCGCAUGGAGGCAGCACGUACCUGCUCACGGCUGCUCACCCCGUCCAUUCACCUGAUCAGCGGACAUGGACAUGUGGUCAGUCAAACCGCUGUGCAGGUGGUGGCUGAUGUUCUCAGCAAGUUACUGGUGGUUGGCAUCACUGACCCAGAUCCUGAUAUUCGAUACUGUGUGCUGGCCUCCCUGGACGAACGCUUUGAUGCCCACCUGGCACAAGCGGAGAACCUCCAGGCUCUGUUUGUGGCACUAAAUGAUGAAGUGUUUGAGAUUCGUGAACUGGCCAUCUGCACUAUUGGCCGUCUUAGCAGUAUGAACCCUGCCUUUGUCAUGCCCUUCCUGCGCAAGAUGCUUAUUCAGAUCCUGACUGAGCUGGAACAUAGCGGUGUGGGCCGAAACAAAGAGCAAAGUGCCCGCAUGUUGGGUCACUUGGUGUCUAAUGCCCCCAGACUCAUCCGCCCAUACAUGGAACCCAUUCUCAAGGCCCUCAUCUUAAAGCUGAAAGAUCCCGAUCCAAACCCUGCAGUCGUUAUCAGUGUUUUAGCUACCAUUGGAGAACUAGCCCAGGUGAGUGGACUGGAGAUGAGGAAAUGGAUGGAUGAGCUGUUCCCCAUCAUUAUGGACAUGCUGCAGGACUCAUCUUCUUUAGCCAAGCGACAGGUGGCACUUUGGACUUUGGGUCAACAAGUAGCCAGUACAGGGUAUGUGGUGGAGCCAUACAGGAAGUACCCAUCUCUACUGGAGGUGCUACUCAACUUCCUGAAGACAGAACAGAACCAGGGGAUUAGGAGAGAGGCUAUACGUGUGUUAGGUCUGCUUGGAGCUCUGGAUCCCUACAAACACAAGGUGAACAUUGGUAUGAUUGACCAGUCUCGUGAUGCUUCUGCUGUCAGCCUCUCAGAGUCCAAGUCCAGCCAGGAUUCAGCUGACUACAGUACCAGUGAGAUGCUGGUCAACAUGGGCAACCUGCCACUAGAUGAGUUUUACCCAGCAGUUGCCAUAGUGACUCUGAUGCGUAUCCUGCGUGACCCAUCGUUGUCCAAUCACCACACCAUGGUGGUGCAGGCCGUCACUUUCAUUUUCAAAUCGCUUGGCCUGAAAUGUGUGCAGUUCCUGCCUCAGGUUAUGCCCACCUUUCUCAACGUCAUCAGAGUGUGUGAUGCCAGCAUCAGAGAGUUCCUUUUCCAGCAGAUGGGAAUGGUUGUGUGCUUUGUCAAGAUCCACAUCCGGCCGUACAUGGAUGAUAUCUUCACACUAAUCCGGGAAUACUGGACUCCAAACAAUCCCAUGCAGAACACCAUUAUUUUGCUGAUUGAGCAGAUAGUGGUGGCUCUAGGUGGAGAAUUCAAACUCUACCUGCCACAACUCAUCCCACAUAUGCUGCGAGUCUUCAUGCACGACAACAGCCCUGGACGUAGCGUCACCAUUAAGCUGCUCAUGGCCAUCCAGCUGUUUGGAGCUAACCUGGACGACUACCUCCACCUACUGCUGCCUCCUGUAGUUAAACUGUUCGAUGCCCCCGAUGUCCCCCUGCAGGCCCGCAAGGUUGCCUUGGAGACUUUAGAUCGCCUGACUGAGUCUUUAGACUUCACGGAUUAUGCUUCCAGAAUUAUUCAUCCCAUUGUGCGCGCACUCGACGUUACUCCAGAGCUUCGGAGCACCUCGAUGGACACGCUGUCCUCACUAGUCUUUCAGCUUGGAAAAAAGUACCAGAUCUUCAUUCCUAUGGUUAAUAAAGUGAUGUUGAAACAUCGCAUCAAUCACCAGCGCUACGAUGUGCUCAUCUGUCGAAUUGUCAAGGGCUAUACUUUGGCGGAAGAGGAAGAAGACCCUUUAAUAUUUCAGCAUAGACAAUUACGUGCUAAUCAAAGCGACACUCUGGUUAGUAACCCAGUCGAAUCAGGACCCAUGAAGAAACUGCACGUCAGCACAACUGCUCUGCAGAAGGCUUGGGGUGCAGCCAGAAAGGUGUCCAAAGAUGACUGGCUGGAAUGGUUGAGACGUCUCAGUGUGGUCUUGCUAAAAGAAUCAUCCUCACCUGCCCUGCGCUCCUGCUGGUCUCUGGCACAGACAUACAUACCACUUGCCAGGGAUCUUUUUAAUGCUGCAUUCUUGUCCUGCUGGUCAGAGCUGAGUGAAGACCAGCAGGAUGAACUGAUACGCAGUAUUGAGCUGGCUCUGACUUCUCAGGAUAUUGCUGAGGUCACACAGACACUGCUCAAUCUUGCAGAAUUCAUGGAGCACAGUGAUAAGGGCCCACUUCCUUUGAGAGAUGACAAUGGAAUUGUUCUGCUGGGGGAGAGAGCUGCUAAAUGUCGGGCCUACGCAAAGGCCCUGCACUACAAGGAACUUGAGUUUCAAAAGGGCCCUUCACCGCUCAUUUUAGAAUCUCUGAUCAGCAUCAAUAAUAAGCUCCAGCAGCCAGAGGCCGCAUCAGGAGUGCUGGAGUAUGCCAUGAAACACUUUGGAGAACUGGAGAUUCAGGCCACGUGGUACGAGAAACUUCAUGAGUGGGAAGAUGCUCUGGUCGCCUAUGAUAAAAAAAUUGACAUGAACAAAGAUGAUCCGGAGCUAAUUCUGGGUCGCAUGAGAUGUCUGGAAGCGCUAGGCGAAUGGGGUCAGCUGCAUCAGCAGUGCUGUGAGGAGUGGACUCUGGUCAGUGAAGAGACUCAAGCUAAGAUGGCCCGCAUGGCAGCAGCUGCAGCAUGGGGACUGGGCCACUGGGACAGUAUGGAAGAGUAUACCUGUAUGAUCCCACGAGACACCCAUGAUGGAGCCUUUUACAGGGCAGUGCUUGCUCUACAUCAGGAUCUCUUCUCAUUGGCUCAACAGUGCAUCGACAAGGCCAGAGAUCUACUGGAUGCUGAGCUCACUGCCAUGGCUGGAGAGAGUUACAGUAGAGCAUAUGGGGCCAUGGUGUCAUGUCAGAUGCUGUCUGAGUUAGAGGAGGUGAUCCAGUAUAAACUGGUUCCUGAAAGGAGGGACAUCAUCAGGGAAACGUGGUGGGAGAGGCUGCAGGGUUGCCAGCGUAUUGUGGAGGACUGGCAGAGGAUCUUGAUGGUGCGCUCCCUGGUCAUUAGUCCACAUGAAGACAUGAGGACGUGGUUGAAGUACGCUAGCCUCUGUGGAAAAAGUGGAAGACUAGCACUAGCCCAUAAGACGCUUGUUCUCCUACUCGGUGUGGAUCCCUCCAAACAGCUUGACCAUCCCUUGCCCACCGCCCACCCUCAUGUCACCUACGCUUAUAUGAAGUACAUGUGGAAGAGCACUCGCAAGAUUGAUGCAUUCCAGCAUAUGCAGCACUUUGUGCAGGGGAUGCAACAGCAAGCACAACACGCCAUUGCAGCUGAUGACCAGCAGCACAAACUGGAGCUGCACAAACUAAUGGCACGGUGUUUUCUGAAGCUGGGAGAAUGGCAGCUCAGCCUUCAGGGUAUCAAUGAGAGUACCAUCCCUAAAGUGCUACAAUAUUACAGUCACUCAACGGAGCAUGAUCGCAACUGGUACAAGGCCUGGCACGCUUGGGCAGUAAUGAACUUUGAGGCCGUGCUUCACUACAAGCACCAAAACCAGGGCCGGGAUGAAAAGAAAAAACUACGACACUUAAGUGGUGCCAGUGCCCACAGCGAAGCCAGUAACAGUGACAGUGAAGCAGACAGUACAGAGCACAGUCCCGUACCCUCCCCUGGACAGAAGAAAGUCAAUGAGGAUUUGUCCAAGACUCUUCUUCUGUAUACAGUACCUGCAGUGCAAGGAUUCUUCAGAUCUAUCUCACUCUCACGUGGAAAUAACUUACAGGACACUUUGAGAGUCCUGACCUUAUGGUUUGAUUAUGGUCACUGGCCUGAGGUGAAUGAAGCUCUAGUUGAAGGUAUUAAGACCAUUCAAAUAGACACCUGGUUACAGGUCAUCCCUCAACUGAUAGCACGAAUUGAUACCCCACGUGCUCUGGUGGGACGUCUUAUUCACCAGCUACUCACCGACAUUGGCCGCUACCACCCCCAGGCUUUGAUUUAUCCACUUACUGUGGCCUCCAAGUCCACCACCACUGCCCGCCACAAUGCAGCCAACAAGAUCCUGAAGAACAUGUGUGAGCACUGCAACACCCUGGUCCAGCAAGCCAUUAUGGUAAGUGAGGAGCUGAUCAGGGUGGCUAUUCUGUGGCAUGAAAUGUGGCACGAAGGGCUGGAGGAGGCAUCACGUCUGUACUUUGGAGAGAGGAAUGUCAAGGGAAUGUUUGCCGUCCUGGAGCCCCUUCAUGCCAUGAUGGAGAGAGGGCCACAAACUUUGAAAGAAACGUCCUUUAAUCAGGCUUAUGGCCGAGACCUGAUGGAGGCGCAGGAUUGGUGCAGAAAGUACAUGCGAUCAGGAAACGUGAAGGACCUGACGCAGGCCUGGGACCUGUACUACCACGUGUUCCGCAGGAUCUCCAAACAGCUGCCACAGCUCACCUCUCUAGAGCUUCAGUACGUCUCACCUAAACUGCUUAUGUGUCGUGAUCUGGAGUUGGCUGUGCCCGGAACAUAUGACCCCAAUCAGCCAAUAAUACGUAUCCAGUCCAUUGCUCCCUCACUGCAGGUUAUCACCUCCAAACAGCGGCCACGCAAACUCACCAUCAUGGGUAGCAACGGUCAUGAGUUCAUGUUCCUGCUGAAGGGCCAUGAAGAUCUACGGCAAGACGAGAGGGUCAUGCAGCUUUUUGGCUUAGUGAACACUCUACUGGCUAAUGACCCAGCCUCCUUGCGCAAGAAUCUAAGUAUUCAGCGCUAUGCUGUGAUCCCACUUUCCACCAACUCUGGUCUGAUCGGCUGGGUUCCUCACUGUGACACGCUGCAUGCACUUAUUCGAGACUACCGAGAGAAGAAGAAGAUCCUACUCAACAUUGAACAUCGCAUUAUGCUUAGGAUGGCCCCUGACUAUGAUCACUUGACUCUCAUGGAGAAGGUGGAAGUGUUUGAGCAUGCCGUGAACAAUACAGCAGGAGACGACCUGGCAAAACUGCUCUGGCUUAAGAGUCCCAGUUCAGAGGUUUGGUUUGACAGGAGGACCAACUACACCCGCUCACUUGCUGUCAUGUCCAUGGUUGGUUAUAUCUUAGGGCUUGGGGACAGACACCCUUCCAAUCUAAUGUUGGACAGGCUCAGUGGAAAGAUACUGCAUAUCGAUUUUGGUGAUUGUUUUGAGGUUGCAAUGACCAGAGAAAAAUUUCCUGAGAAAAUACCUUUCAGAUUAACCCGGAUGUUGACCAAUGCCAUGGAGGUGACUGGACUGGAUGGUAACUACCGUAUUACAUGUCACACGGUGAUGGAGGUACUGCGUGAACACAGGGACAGUGUCAUGGCUGUGUUGGAGGCCUUUGUAUAUGACCCAUUACUCAACUGGAGGCUUAUGGAUACAAACACUAAAGGAAACAAGCGCUCCAGGACCAGAACUGACUCCUAUACGGCAGGACAGUCUGUUGAAGCCAUGGAGGGUAUUGACCUGGGAGAAGCCACCCACAAAAAGCCAGGAACUACAGUGCCUGAGUCAAUUCACUCCUUCAUUGGAGAUGGCCUUGUGCAACCUGAAGCCUUGAACAAGAAAGCCAUCCAAAUUAUUAACAGGGUGCGGGACAAGCUAACUGGACGAGACUUUUCCCAUGAUGAGACCCUGGACGUACCUACUCAAGUGGAGCUGCUCAUCAAACAAGCUACUUCGCAUGAAAACCUGUGCCAGUGUUACAUUGGAUGGUGCCCUUUUUGGUAGAGCUUCAUAUUGCUUCUGCUUUCUUUUGCUUUUAACUUCACCUUGGACAGUGAGGCAAGCAAAGACUAUUGAUUUGAUAAUUGACAUUGAUUUGAAAAAAAAAAUGCAUUCACUCUUCUAAGCAAACCCCUGAAAAUUUUGAAGAAUUAAUCUUGGUGGAGAUUGUGUAAUAUGACUAUCACAUUUUCAAUGUUUUAUUUUAUUUGAAAUGAUUUGUACAAGUUGUACAGGGACAAAUAUCACCAAAAAAUAAAGAAUUAAAGAAACUGAC